AUGGACCAUUCCACGAAGAAACCGUCUUUGCCUCGCUUGACCACCAACAUUCCCCUACUGCAGAAACCCGCCAAUGCAUCGUGCGAUGCUUUACAAACACUCGGUGGCAAUGCACCCCCGGUCAUCAUGCCCGAGAGGCCGGCGAGAACUUCAUCAAUGUUCAAGGAGGACAAGCACGAUGAGGAGAACAUCAUCCCUAGCACACGUUUUACAUCAGAGAGCAUGCCUAUCUAUGUUUCCCAGAAAAGUGUGGACGAUUCACCGUUGACAAAGGUGAAGAAGUUGUACUACGAAGACGCAUUUACAGCCCGUGGAUCGCACAACUCCCCCAAGGACCGCGUCACCCAUGAAUCUGUUGUUGUCGUUGAGCUCAAGACCAACACAAAGGCUAAGGAUGAUACACCCAAGUUACUGUCGGAUUUCGCACACUUCCUUGCCCAGGUCUACCAGCGUCCGGAGACAUCAAUGCUUGUCACCAUCGACCAGAACGCUGACUUGCUUUUCGGAAAUACCUCCGGUUCGGCGUACCUGUUGAAGAUCACUGCUCUCUCGAGUUUGAUUGGACCCCUCACCAACCUCCGCAACACGGGCCUAAUCCAAUCAACGAUCCAAGAAAUGUUUGGCAUUGCACCUGACAAAGGAGUCGUGAUCUACACACCAGUGAGCGAAGAUAACGUUGCAACCAAUGGGACGACCGCCAGGAGUGAGAUCGACCGCCUCGAACGAAUUGGUUCCAGCAAUAGCCCCUCGAUCUUCAAGUCUAUCUCGCGAUCGAUGAGUCGUCGUAUGAAAUCGAGCAGCGGCAACAGUGCUCCUCUUUCCCUCACUUCGGUCAUGAGUCCUGACGUCGUAAACUCUACUUCAACUUCUCCCGUCGCUGUUACUUCAGGUCAGGGCCCUCUCCCGAGGCCAGAUCAAGCAGGCGACAAAAAGCCGAUAGAGUCACCCAAGGGGGAACCAGUCCAGCAGGUCCCAUCCAAGGAGGAGAAAUUUGAACGAACCUUAAAGAAGAGAGAGAGCUUGAAGAGUUUUGUUAACCGCCGGUUGGGUGAAUUGGGCGAGCUGACCACAAUGAAACCAUUCACAGCCACGAAGGGAAAAAAGGAUUAG